AUGAUAAGACCAUUAGGAUACGAUUCACACGCUAACUCUUCUGAAUUCAUUUGUGGAAUUUGUCACAACUCAAAAUCACAAUACACUUGUCCAAAUUGUUCAACAUUAUAUUGUUCUUCAGAAUGCUAUAAUUCGGAGAAGCACUCAUCCUGUUCUGAGAAAUUUUACCAAGCUGCAAUCGAAGAGCAUCUCCAGAGAGGUGAGAGACAUGAACCGACUCAUAAAGAAUUGAAUGAAAGAAAGAAGUUGGUAGCGCUCUUACAUCAGUAUAACGGCGAUGCAUCUAAAACUCGAUCCACAUCCGAAAAUAAUCCUACGACGACUAGCACCUGGAAAUAUAUGGCACCAAAGGGAGUAGAAGACAACAUACGCUCUCUUCAAAAUGAGUUCAGUAUUGAAGAUUUACACAAGUUAAAUCAUGCAAAUAAGUCUGCCGAAAGUGAUUACGAAGAUGAAGACAGGCCAUUGACACAACAAGAGACCCAAGAAUUUCAAACAAUUGUUCAUGAAUCUUCAACUGAACAGUUGCUAAGUAUGUUAACUCCAGAACAGCGGAAAGAAUUCGAAACUUUGAUCAAAGAUAGUAAUUACAUUGUAGAUGAAGAUGGUGAUAAUAGUAGUUGA